GUCGCGCUUGACGUCAUUAGUCUGCGACGGACAAAAGUUUAAUCGGCGAGUGUUUUUGUCGGAAAUAAGAAUCCAACAAGGAAAGAUGCUUAAAAAGAAAUCUGCCAGCAGAGAAAAGAAGAGGUCACAUUCACAGCCUGAAGAGCAACAUGACAAGAGGAGGCGGAGACAUACUGAGUCCAGUGUGGAGCAGGACACCAAGGACGAUCUGGCUGACGCAGAACUGGACAGGAUUGGCAGUGAUAUUGAGGAGGGUGGACUGGACCUCACUGUGCCUUUCCAGGCCAUUAGUGCCUAUGUGACAGAAAGACGGGAGAUGCUUGAACAGUGUUUCCAAGUGCUGGGAGAGAAGAAGCUACAGAAGAUGUUGCCUGAGGAGCUCAAGGGUUGUAGUUUAGAGGAAAUUAAGAAGCUGUGCUGGGAGCAACUGGAACAGCUGUCACAGAAGAAUCUUCUUCAGAUCAUCGGUGGGGAAGAGCUGACGUCUGGCCAAGAAGAUGAAAACGCAGAACAGACUUUGGAGAGCCAACAAGAUAAUAAUGUAGACUCUACAUCUUCCCUCAAAGGAAGUGGUAAAACGGAGGACGUCAAGCAAGAGGGAGGCGGCUCAGGUGAAGAGAGUGAUGUCUUAAGCAUCAAUGCAGACACUUACGACAGUGAUAUUGAGGGGCCUAAAGAGGAGCAGCCACCUAAAACCGAGGAGGGCGUAGCGACAGCGGAGGUCAUCACCCGGGAAGACGAUGACCUUACUGUAAUCCCUGACCCGGCAAACACACACGUUCCUGGAAAUGGUCAACCGAAGGAAGCAAAGAAGGAUCUCCAAGAGGACAUAGACAAAAGUGUUAGCGAGAUUCUGGCGUUUUCCUCCUCUCCUGCCAAAGGGGAGAAGGUCACAGACAAGACUGUGUCCCUGCAGUCCACUGGUGGGGCUUUACCCACUCAGGGUAUUUCUGGUUCGGGUUAUGCACCUGCAGUGUGCCAGCCGUCAGCUCAGCAGCUGGAGCUUCUGGAGCUGGAGAUGAGGGCCCGGGCCAUCAAGGCUCUGAUGAAAGCCAGUGAUGGGAAAAAGCCCUUGGGACUUUGAAAUGUCUUUUUUAAAAGACUCAUAAAUUGAAUUCAAUCUCCAAACGUUCAUUUCAUUACAGAAAUGUUUCCUCUUCAACCAGUUUAAGUUGUCAGAUUUAUUGUAUCUAAAAAAAAGUUUUACCUGUUGUUUUUUAAAUUACUGUUCUCUCAGAAGACUUUGUGCUGGAACUCCAUAUUGGAAUGAUACGAAGGAAGUCAAUAAUUGAUUUAUCGUGGAAAUGUACUUAAAACUGCAUGAAUGCCUACUGUGAAAUAAAUGUUUAGUUUGC